AUGUCAUCAAUCGUAUUAACGAAUUCAAAAAAAUAUUUACUUAAUAAUACAAAAAAUAAUUAUUUAAUUAAUUUAUCAAUUAAUUCUUUACGUAAUUAUACAAACUCAGAGAAAACUUUAAAAGAGAGGUUUGCUGAAAUAUUUCCUGAAAAGCAACAAGAAAUCAAAGAUUUUAAAAAAAAUUAUGGUCAUGUUGUAAUCGAUUCAGUUAAAUUAGAACAGGCUUAUGGUGGUAUGAGAGGUAUCAAAGGUCUGGUCUGGGAAGGUUCUGUAUUGGAUCCGGAAGAAGGUAUUAAAUUCAGAGGUAGAACUAUCCCAGAGAUCCAAAAACAAUUACCAAAAGCUGUUGGUGGUCAAGAACCUUUACCAGAAGCUAUCUUUUGGUUAUUGUUAACUGGUGAAAUCCCAAAUGAAGCACAAGUCAAAGCUUUUUCGGCAGAUUUGGCUUCAAGAUCCGAAUUACCAGAACAUGUAGUUAAAUUAUUAGACAAUUUACCAAAAAAUUUACAUCCAAUGGCACAGUUUUCAAUGGCUGUCACUGCUUUGGAGUCUGAAUCUAAAUUCGCAAAAGCUUAUGCACAGGGUGUAUCAAAGAAAGAUUAUUGGAAUUAUACUUUUGAGGAUUCAUUGGAUUUACUAGGUAAAUUACCAAUGAUUGCUUCAAAAAUUUACCGUAAUGUCUUUAAAGAUGGUAAAAUUGCAUCCAUUGAUCCAAAUGCGGACUAUGGUAAAAACUUGGCAAAUCUGUUAGGUUUCCAAAAUAAUGAUUUUGUUGAUUUGAUGAGAUUAUAUUUAACCAUCCAUUCAGACCAUGAAGGUGGUAAUGUCUCUGCCCACACUACUCAUUUAGUUGGUUCUGCUUUAUCUUCACCAUACCUUUCACUAUCUGCUGGUUUGAACGGUUUAGCAGGUCCUUUGCAUGGUAGAGCAAAUCAAGAAGUCUUGGAAUGGUUAUUUAAAUUAAGAGAAGAAGUUAAAGGUGAUUAUUCAAAAGAAACUAUCGAAAAGUAUUUAUGGGAUACUUUGAAUUCAGGUAGAGUUGUACCAGGUUAUGGUCAUGCUGUUUUAAGAAAAACUGAUCCACGUUAUACCGCACAAAGAGAAUUUGCUUUAAAACAUUUCCCAGAUUAUGAAUUAUUCAAAUUGGUUUCUACUAUUUAUGAAGUAGCUCCAAAAGUCUUGACAAAACAUGGUAAGACAAAGAACCCAUGGCCAAAUGUCGACUCUCAUUCUGGUGUUCUAUUACAAUAUUAUGGUUUAACUGAAGCUUCAUUCUAUACUGUAUUAUUCGGUGUCGCUAGAGCUUUCGGUGUUUUACCACAAUUAAUCACUGAUAGAGCAGUAGGUUUAUCUAUUGAAAGACCAAAAUCUUUCUCAACUGAAAAAUAUAGAGAUUUGGUUAAAUCAAUUAUAACUAAAAACUAA